CACAUUUGCAAGUUCUACCCACGAUACCACUUUGAAACGAACUGGAUAGAGCAUUAUUUUGAAGGCGCAAAAGCUAUUGCACGUCGAGAAUAUGAUCAUAGCUUUGCUUCAUUACGUAGUAAUCUACCAGGUUUCUUGGAUUCCAAUUCUAUCGACCAGUUGUCGAAAAAGAUGGAACCGUUUCGCAGCCAACUCCCAUCAAGAUCCACCGGUUCUACAAGCGCUGUUAGAAUUAUAUUGAAGCCUACAGCCAAAUGA